GUACUUUGUCCGUAAUAUUUAUUUGAAACGGUCGAACUUUGGCAUCUAUUGAUGUGGGUUCGGAUUGGCGUCCCCACCACACAUCCUCGGUCAUGACCUCCGGUUUGACGUUAUCGGUUGUUUUUCGGUAGACAACCAACGCCACCACAGUGAUCGUCAAAGCGGCGAUGUAAUAUUUUAACUUGCCCAUUUUUCCAGUGGUUUUUUAUUUUUACUUUUUGAGCUACGAUGCUCAAACCGACAAAUACUAAUAGCGAAUACUCGCGUCCCGGCGUCUGCAGGCAUACUGUCUUGUGUAUUGUGAGUAUAACCGUGUCUAUGUGAUAUUUUAACGUACCUUCUACUCAUUUGUGACGCACAUGCGCUUUGAAUUUACGAUAAUACUAUUUUAUUACCUGCACAAUGAUUAUCUACCGGUUCUACAGGUAUUCUACGGUGAAUAAUAAUUAUUUUAUUUUGAACACGCAAACGACAGUAUAACGAUGAUUGUAUAAUACAACCGUAUUAUUGUUAUUGCAGACAUAUCAUUAUAAUUUAUUACCAAUUCGACGGUACCUUGUCGACAUGUCACGAUGCGCGUGUUAAUAAUGUUGCGCGGCGGUCAGAAAAAUAUUAGACAUUUUGUUUUAUUUUUGCCAAAUUUUGUUAUUACGCCUACAAUACCUACCCGUAAUAUUAGCUGGUAUUAAACUAAUUGUGGUUCAGAUACCAUAGGUACCUUUAUUCAUUAAAGUCCCGAUUGUCUCUUUGCUUAAAGAAAACUAUAACAUCCUGCAGCGAGUGCGGUACCUAACCGUUAUUAAUAGAGCUCGGAUGCUUAUGACUUUGCAUAUUUUUAACGCAAUCAGUAUUAUAGCCGAACAUGAUAUAAAUUCGAUUCCUUAAGUCUAGAUUUCAAAUGUGCAAACUUACUUUGCAUAUUUGACAUUUUCGAGCAGAUUAUUAUUAUUGUUUAUUUCUUCGAAAAGAUAAUGGGCCCCACUGGACGGGUUCGUGUGGGGGGUGUCCAUGAGUUCACAAUUUAUAACAAAGAAAAUAUUGCAUUCAAAUAAUAAUUUAAAUUUCACUUUUUUUUUUUCUACAAUUUUAGACCUAUGAAACUAACUUGAGCAUAUACAACGUAGGCAACAAUAAUUAAUACAUGCAGACUUAAUUUAUAUUACAGUUUGAUAAAAUACAAAUGCAAGCAACUAGAUUAAAGAUAUACAAAUAUUUAAAGUUUCAAAAGGUUAAUUUUGCAGCCAGUUAGUUAUUAUUUUUCUUUUUUUUAAGUAUUAAACGAUAGAGUUGUUUUGAAGUCUAAUGGUAGCAUAUUAUAUAUUUUUGGUCCUACAUAUAAGUAAGUAGAUCGAGUUAGUUUUCUGUGCAUUUAGGUAACAGUAAUGUUUGAUAAUUGUCUUGUGUUAUAUUCAUGAUCAAUACUAGGUGUUAGGUUAUUUUUAAUUAUAUAAAUUACUGAUGCUUUAUAGAACGAUUUCUUUAAUGGUUAAACAUUUAAUUAUUUGUACAGAUAUUCUGUGUGAUAUAAAUGAUUAUUUUUUAAAAUAAUUUUUAUGAUUCUAUUUUGUAUUUUUUUUAAUGGAUUUAGUGUUGUAUCGUAGGCACCUCCCCAAAUAAUAAUACCAUAGUUAAUUAUGGAUUCUAUUAGAACUCGGUACACAGUUCUAAUUUUCUUAAUUUCAAGUUAAUUUCAAAUUUGCUAAAUUUUUGAAAGCAUAGAUUAUUUUUCUUAGUUUUAUCGUUGUCUGUUUAAUGUGGUCAUGCCAUUUGAGGUUAUGGCACAUUUCAAUGCCUAAGUAUUUACAAGAAUUUACUAUUUUUAAUGAUAUUUGACAUAUAUAAGAUUUUGGAUUCGAGCAUUCGUGUUCGUGAAUACACAGACUGGUUAUAUCUGGUUGGUUUGAAUUAGCUAAGAAUAGGUUAUUUGCACAUAACCAAUUAUUGGUUUUUCUCAGCUCAUCUUGCAUGGAUGAAAAUACCUUGUCCCAAGAGUUACCAUUAACAAAAAGAACAGUGUCAUCAGCAAAACAGACUAGUUUACCAUGUAUCUUUAAAUCGUUUAUUUGGUUAAUUUAAAUAUUAAAUAGGGUGGGAGAGAGGUUAGUACCUUGAGGUACUCCACAUAUUGAUUGUGUUUCUAAACUUAAGGAAUUAUUUAUUCUAACUCUUUGUUUCCUAUAUUUUUAAAUACGAGCUUAAUAAGUCGUAGGCUGGACCUUGGAUAUCAAAUUUAUUAAAAUUAUUUAGUAAUAUUAAAUGGUCUAUAGUGUCGAAUGCUUUAGCUAAAUCUAAGUAGACAGUUGCACAUUUUUUUUGACAUUCAAAUGCAUUAAAAAUAUAGUUAGAUACUGUUGCAAUUACUUGCCCUAAAUUUUUAUCAGCCCUAAAACCAAAUUAUGCAUUUGAUAAUAAUUUAAAGUUUUCUAGAUAGUAUACUAACUCAUAUUUUAUUAUUUUUUCGAAAGAUAUAGCGACAUUGGAAAUUUGAGAAAUGGAGCGGUUAUUUUCUAUGUUUAAUUUGUCUCCCUUUUUAUAUAUAAGAGUUAUUACUGACAUAUAAAUGCAUAUAUUGAUUAUUUCUAGAUUUAACAACAACUAUUAACCAAACAAAGUAUUUAACCUAAGUAUGUAACAUUUAAAUUUUUGAAUUUUAUUUUUUUUAUUUUGAAUCAUUUAUGUUUUGAAUUAAUAUUAACCAAGUCUUUUGUAAAACUUAGUAAUAUUUUAAAAAAUCGAUAUAUUUAAUCCAUGCACGAUUAAAAGAGUGUACAAUUUAUCUUAAAUUAAUAUUAACACCUUUUUUGCAUAUAUUUCUUGAAAAACAAUUAUAUUUAGUAUAUUUUAAAGCAUAUAAUUGCAUAUUUUGAAAUUUUUAAAUGCAUAUUUUAAAGAAAUUUUGGUCAUUAACAUCCGAGCUUUAGUUAUAAGCAUAAACAUCUAUAUGACGGAACAUUCACUCCAAGGAUUGAGAGGCGUGGUCAGUCGGGCUGAUAUAUAGCCUAGUAUGAGAAAAAGCAAAUUUACACUUCGAGGACAGCCAAUUAAAACACUCCGAUUAUUAUCUCACGCGUUUCUGUCCUCGAAAUGAAACUCCAUGUACCGGAACGCGUUCUCAUGCUGAAUGUUCCGUCUAGAUGUAUAAGUCUAUGAUUAUACGAUUAAAAUUGUACACAUUUUUUACAAAUAUAUAUAACCUACUAUUAAAACUAAACGGAAUAUGUCCCUAAAAAUAAAUUGUGUGUCUUCACUGACGUGGUCUUUCUUUUCGCUGGGUACUUCUUAGAGAUCCGAAGAAAUGAGCGUGCCAUCGUCUUUGUUGCUUGGUCAAAUAGGUAAGGCCACACAAACAAUGCGGCUUGGACUCAUAGGAUAUUGCCGAAUCUAAAGUGAUGUUACAAGGUUACAAGAAGUCCCAAGGACCUCACUUAUCACGUGACACAGACUCUGUCGGGUCAAGGUUGUUUCAGACACUAUACCUAUGUCGUAUAUGGGACGAUCUCAAGACGCUGCAGAGUGUCUGUACUAUCAGUCCCUGAAGACACGGCGGAAUACACGAUUUUUGAUUGAUCUCAUUGAGAACCCUUCUGUGAUAGAAGGCUACAUUUCUCCUUACAAUUUUAUUAUUUUUGUAAAAUUAAGAAAAUAAUAGUUAUUAUAAAAUCUCAAUCCGGACGUGGAAUCGUGGCCCCCCCCCCCCCGAGUCACGCCUAUGAUUGUGAGUAGGUAUCUUAUGAAUGUUAUUGCUUCUCCAAUUAAAAUUAAGUUUGGCGCCACUGCUUCUGUCAGUCAUUUAGGGCGUUCGUUUGCAACAAGAGCAUCACUCCCAACAUCCCAUCUCGGGACCAGGACCACGUCAGACAUGAUCAGCUCUUGUCUGCUUUUGCUCAGUUUUUCUACUCUUCGGUAAUGGAUAUCCAGGGCCUCAAAGAGCAGGACGAGAGGAAUAGGGAAGCCGAGACGUGGGCUAACCGGAGUUCUGCCGUUUUGACCUUUCGAACAGGUCGGUGAGCUUUUGCUUCACGCGUCGUGUAAUCUCCCGAACGUGACUCUAGACCGAUGGGUUUUGUUAACCUAGUCACGAAGUGCAUGGAUAGAACGGGCUUCCAAGCCAUUGGGUUCAUCAACCAGGCUGGGAAGUUUUGACGUUUGAAAAACACAGUUAAGUUAGAUCCAAGAUUAAGUUAUAGCCUUCUGAAUUUAUAAUAAUUUAUAUAAACAUAGAGUUAAGUUAGGUUAACUUAUUGUAUUUGUAUUUUUAAUUAGGUAAAUCUGUACGUAUGUGAGCUUACCCCACGAAAAGGAAAAUAGGUUUUGUAUAUAUUAUUGUAAUUUAUUAAUAAACGAUGGCAACAGUGAGAAAGUAUAGUGAAAACAGAUCUACUGCUGUCGGUUAUAACAUUCACAAAAAAAAAAAAAAACUUAGAGUGAUCAUGAUUUUCCUAUUUCUAAUUGCUAGUUCUUUUAUUCAUAAAUAAUUUUAAUUUAAUUAUAUUAUUUCAGUGUAUAAAUUAUUAUAAAUAGCAUUAAUUAUGCUAUAAAUAUAAAUUAAAAUUAUUACAUGGUUAUUACAAUUAGUGGACUAUUGGCCUUGCAUUGGUUAUACUAAAAAUAUAUCUAAUAAUUAUUUUUACAUCGCAUAAUUAAUGAUAUUUUUGUCCAUAAAUAACGAAGCAAUAAUUUGUUUGUUAUUUAAGUUGAUAAACAAUCAAUUUGGACGUCAAUUAUGCAUUUGUCGUUUAUGUUUUUCUUUAACGGAUUAUAAAGCAAAAAUGUGUUUUUAAAUUUUGAGUUGCGAGGUAGGUAUUAGUUACUCAGCUUUUUAUUGAUUGUAUAUCUAAAGUUGAUUUUGAUGUUAUAAUUACCACGAGUAGUAAAUGUUUUUUUUUUUUAGCUGAUUUCCUUGAAUUUUAAAAUUCGCCUCUUUUAAAAAUAGAUAUUUAAAAAAAAUCGUAUAAAACUGACAAAAUUUAAUUUCUACAAUAUUAGAAUGCUCAGAUAAUCUUGAAUAAGUUACCUAUUUGGUGAGAUUAUUGGUAAAAAUGUGUAACACCAACGCUGUUGUUUCAAAAUAUAUUUUUAAAAUGGCUACCAAGGUUAUCAUAAAUACAUUUUUUUAUUUUUAGUUUAAUAAAAAAUAUAAAAUACAGAAAUCAUAUUGAAAUAUAAAUUAGUGUUAAAUUUGGUUAUGGAUGUUUUUCAAAUAAUUAUUUCUAAAAAAAAUAUUCACAACUUUAGAAGGUAGGAUUUUUUCUUGGACAGUGUGAUUUUUCGUAGGAAACUUAAUUUACAGUAAACAUUUAUGUAUUAUAGCAGUCUGAUUUCAAUAUAACCUAAUAUUAUCAGAAAAAUAUGUUUAGAAAUAUACCUUAAUUAGGAACUAACCAUUUUUAGAUGUUUAUUUUAGUUAUUUGAUAAUUACAUUUUAAAAAUAUAAGUAUAUCUGUAUAAUGUUUAUUUUUUUCAAAUUAAAAAAUAUAAAUUAUCAAAACCUGUCAAUUCUUCGAGGCAUGAGUUUUUUCUGACUCAUAUGGCAAGUUUUAAUACUAAAACGUGUUAAUGGUUAGGUGGUAAUAUUUUGAGUUUCAAACAUUACCUACUCAAAAUAUAUAAUUUAUUAAAUGUUAGUAUAGUUAAAUAAUUUUAAAGUACUCUCUAAUAUUGAAAAAAUAAUAUUUUCAUUUUAUUAAAUGUACACCUAUAAGCUAAAUACGAGCUUGUAGUACCUAUAUGAUUUGUAUCUUAUUUACCAAAACACAAAUAUUUAUUAAAUACUUCAAAGUUAAAUUAAAAAGUAUUUAAUAUAUUUGUAUUCAAUUAUUCAAAACUAUCAUAGAACUGCUAUAAAAGCUAAUUUUUAAACAAUAAAUAAUACAUUUUAUUAGGCUUUAAAUUGAGAAAUUAAAACAUCAUAAAUGUACAUUUUAAAUGGCAAUAUUUACAAAAAUACUAAUUUAGUUAAAUUACUAUAUUUAAAUACAUAUGCUUUAUUGCUAUUAAAUAUUUUUUAUAACAGUGCAUAGUAAAUUUCUUAAUUUAUAUCUUAUAUGUAGAUAGGUAAUAAAAACGUUUGUACUAUAUUAAUACAACAGAUGAAUAUUUGUAAUAUUUGUAUUAAGAAUGAAUUACCAUCAAUGGGAUGUUAAUUAUUUUAAUUGUAUUUCAUAUAUUCGACAAAACUACCUUAUAAAUUUAUUGUCAAAUAAACGAUAAAUAUUAUCACUGUUUAAUUUAAUUAUAGGAAAAUUGUCUCAAAUAACAAACAAGUUAAAGUAAUAAAUAAAAAAAAUCAAAACAUUGUUUGGCUAUUACAAAAAAAACCUAUAUGAAUAGAAUAAAAAAAAAAAAUAUUUUAAUGUUAAUCAUAUUAAUGUAAAAACAAUUCUAAUUUAAAUCAUUUUUUAAAAAUAUUAUAAUAUUACAACUAUGUUGUUGUUUACUUAAGUUUAGUAUUAAUAUAUAAAAAUAGGAACAUUAAUCUGAGAGAGUAAAAUCACUUUCUUCACUUGAAGAUCCAAUAUAUUGUUCAAAGUAUACAGUUUCAUUUAAUUUUCGAGGUCUUAGUUCUCGUUUAAUACCAUCAAUCAUAGCAUUAUUCUCUGUAAGGUCUAAUUCUUGUUCAUAUUCUACUGGUUCCGUUUUAAUUUCAAUUGAAUUUUUUAAUUCAAUUUUAGAUGUUUGUACAUUUCCCGAGGUACUUUGUAUUUCCUCAAUACAACUUUGAUUGAUAACUGGUUCAUAUGUAUUACUGUUAUCUUUAUCUUCUACAUUAAUCUUAUCUAUUCUGUUAAUAUUAGCAGUAUCUAAACAGCUAUCAUUAUCUAAACUACUAGCAGAAUAUAAACCAGUAACAGUCUCUAAAUCACUAGUAACAGUAUCUAAAGAGCUAUUAGCAAUAUCUAAACAGGUAUUAGUAUCCAAACAAGUGGCAGUAUCUAAACAAUUAAGAACUGGUUCCAUACAUUCAGUAACAAUGUCUAAGCAGCUAGAAUUAGUAUUAUCCAAACAGCUAGAGUUCGCAAUAUCAAAGUAGUUUGGACUAAGAGUAUCCGAACGACCAGAGUUAAUACUAGCUGUUUCAUCAAUUUUUUGUCCAGUUCGAUAAUCUUCAUUGGUUUUGUCUUCAUUAAUAUUUUCAGUUUCGUUUGUCUCAUCUACCAUCUGUUCCAUCUCUUCAGUAUUCAUUUCUCCUUUUAUGACCAGUUCCAUAUUUAUAUCCUCAUUCACUUCUUCACAAACUAUAUUCUCUUCAAUAACCUCUUGUUUAAUAUGAAGUUCGAAAUCGUUAGCAGUUUGAUAUUCAUCAUCAUGUUCUUCUUUUAUGUUUACAUCAGGUUCAGAUUUUUCAGUUUUAAUUACUUUAGAUGAGUCAAAUUCUUCAUCACUGGAUUCUGAAUCAUCAGAAGCCGAUAGGUUUAAAAUGCUACUAGGAUCAAAUGGUAUCGAUUGUAAUUGCAUAAGUAAAUCACUGCGAUCAUUUAAUAAAAAACUCAAUUCUUCGUCUUCUUUAUUUGCUUGGGCCAAUUGUUUUUCCUUAGUCCAUGAUUCAUUUUGCAUUCUUUUAAAAUGUAUAAUCUAAAUAUAACAGAAAUUCUUGUAUUUAAAAUCAAGUUCUAAAAUGUAUAUAUUUAUACUAAAUGAAUAGUAUAGUACUAGAUUGGACCUAUCUUUUUAACUAAAAAUACAUGUCACCUAUUUGACAGUUGAUAAAAUGUAAUUUCUACGUAUAGGUAGAAAUUAAGGUAUUUAAAAAAUAUAAAAAUAUUUACAAAUAUUUAAAUUAGGUAUUUAAUUGGUUACUAUUUAAAAAAAUUUUAUUUUAUACAUAUAAUACCCAUAGAGCUAUUUACUAAUAAACUGAACCUUAAGUGAGAAAUCACAAGACAAUAAAAAGUGAGAGAAAAGGAGUGUUUGGACUGUUGAACAGCAAACCUCACUCCCUUCUCUAGAUUAUGCAUUUGAUAUAGAGAGAAAUAUAUAAACUUACUAAUAAAAAAUAGGAGAUGAAAUUAUAUAGAAUAGUAUAUUUAUUACCCACACGUAUCUAAAGAAUAUUAUUUUAAAAAUAUUUUAUGCAUGUUUUUAAAAUUAUUUUCUUUAACUACAUAAUAAAUAAUAUACAACUCUUUAAAUACAGAUCUAAAGAAAAUAUUGUCUUGGUUAUUUAAAAACAAAAUACUGUAAUCAAUAAUAUGAUUAUUUUUUAAAAUUUUUCUAGCAAAAUAAAUAAAAUGUCUUAAAGUUUAUUUCAGGGAUAUAUUUUAUAUCUAAUUAUAUACAAAUAACCGUUUGUACCUUUUCAUUUACAACUUCAAUUUUUUUUUUUAUAAUUUGUUGACGAUAAUCUAUGUGGCAUUUUUCCAAUAAUUUUGUCAAGCUAUUUUUGUUUAAUUCUCGUAAUUGAGCUAACUCUCUAUCACACUUGAGUAUUUCUUCUAAAAUUUCAUCAUGGUCCUAAAAAAAAAAAAUUUAAAAUUAAAAAAAAAAAAAAAAAUACACAUUAAUAUAAUCAUUCAAACAAUCAUUUUUAAUUUCAAGUACCUCAUCAGGUAUAGCUGAUGUAGAAGGUAGAUCCUGUGAUGAUAGUGGUGGUGGUGGUGGUGGCAGUGGUGGUGGUGGUGGUGGUAGUGGUGGUGGUACCAUUUUAGAAUAGCGACCAAGCAGCCCUAAUUUGUUUAAUUGCUUCUUAACAUUUUGCUCUGCAUAAAAUUCUUUGCAAGUAUUGUUCAUUUCCUGUGGUUUGUCUUCAUCUUUAUUAAUCAAAAAAUAUGAAUAUAUAUAUAUAAACAUACAAACACAUAUUAUUGUUUACGGAAAUAGUAAAAAAACAACAAUACCAUCAAAUUCCAGAAAAUGUUCCUCGGUGUCCUCUGAUGGUGCAUGUUCUUUAAGAGCACUUACAACCCUUUGAUAUACUGGUGUAGAAGGAAUACCAUCAUGUCUACAAUUUAAUAAUUUAAAAAAAAAAUACAGUUAUAUGGAUUAUCAAUUAGUUUUUUGGUAUUUUUUAUAAAAUCUACAUAAUUAAAAUGAAAAAUUUACUAUUAUACAACAUAGUAAUUAAAAAUUAACUACUGAAUACUUAAAAUAUAGUUAAAUCAAGUUUUUUUUUAAAACACAAGUUUAAAAUUUUAAUCAAAUGUUGAUUUUAGUAAUAUUUUCAUUUCACACAACCACAAUUUAACAUUCAACUUACAAAGCAGAGUUUACUCUAUUCACUAGUUCUAUAACAUCAGGAGUUAUUCGCUCAGUGAGUUUAAUUUUUUUAUUUGGCCGAGGUGAAGAUGAUGAUUGGUUUUUUUGCAUUUCCAACUCUUCUUUGGCCCAAAUCUUUGAAUAAUGUUCACCCAAAGGUGGUAUUUCAUACAAUUUAUCAUUAAGAUCAUAUGAUUUUACCAAAUUUUCUAACCACUGAAAAAUUAAACACAUAUAAAUUUAAUGAAACAAUAUUGUACCAUAAAAAUAAUCAUACUUUAACAUCUUCCUUAGUUACACGAGCUAGAAAAGGUUCAACUUGGGACCAGAAUCUAUUUGCUGAUUCGGUUUUGUUAGGAGGUAGUUCCUAAAAAUUAAUUUAUAUUAAAUUAUUUAUUUUAAUAAUUCAACUAUUUUUCAUACUAGUACUUACUUUACUAGUGGGAUCAAAUUCAAUUUUCAUCUUACGGCAUUCAUUUACAGGAGAUAUUUCUGCAGCAGCUCUUGGUGUCUAUAAAAAUAAAAUAGAACAAAUGAUCUUCAAUUAUAAUAAAAUUAAAAUAACAAACUGUAAUUUCUAUAUAAUAAAAAUAGUUAUAUUUUUUUUUAAAAGUAGGUAUUUAUAAUAUUUAAAUAAAUUAACAUAAUCAAAGUUUCAGUUAUUUAUAGUAAAUACUGAAAGCAUAUAAAUAUUUAAAAUAAUUUUUGUAUUAAAUAAACUACACUGUAAACAUUAACUAUCAAUAUUUUAUUGAUUUUCACAUAUUCUAUUAUAACACAGAAAAUACCCAUAUCAAGUAUAGUAAAUAAUAAUAACACAAAUUUUUCAUUUUAUACAGUGUGUAAGCGUUUGUUGAAAACACUCAAUAACUUAACAAACUUUGUUAUAAUUUAUUAAAUUAAUUAAACAAUUUUUAUGCCAUUUAAAUUCGCACAUGCACUUAACAACUUUUUUUUUUAAUUUUAAUGUUAAAACCAACUUUCUAUGUUAAAAAAUAGACGAGUUAUGGAUAUUUCAAUGUUUGAUAUUAUUUUUUUGACAUUAUUGACAUCUUUGACAUUCAUCAAUUUUAUGACUUAAAUUAUUCAUUUUUGUACCUCAUGAUAUCUUCUAGUGAUAUUUUUAGUACCUACUUUUGGGAGAGAUCCUCUUUCCCUACAGAAACUAAUUUUUCUAAGUUUGUCUCCUUAGGUGAUUAAAAAUUGUCUUUUAAUUUUUUAUUUUUAUUAGUUCAAAACUACAUUCAUUCAUCUUAUAAAUUUUUCAAGCUGCUCUCCAUUAUAAUUUAAACAUCCUUCCGCCUUCCGUAGAAAUUCUUUAUUUGUUGCAGAUGAAAUUUGCCGUUCAGUAAGUUAUAUACAUGCCACAAUAAUUUUUUAUUUCAAAUGAACAAGAUUAGUAGAUGGGUUCGCAUAGACGCCUUUUUUUAGAUAUUUUCACAAAAAGUAAUCUAGUGAUGAAAGAUCUGGGGAUUAAGUUGGCCAUUUUAUUAUAUCAUUAGUUCAUAUCCAACAAUUUUCAAAAUUUUUAUCUAAAUAAUUCUUCAAGAAAAUUGCAUUAUGUGCCGGGGCUCCAUCUUGUUGCAAAAUCAAAUUUUUUCUUGUUGAAAGAGGAAUAUUGUCUAGCAUGAUCGGUAGUUGAUUCAUUAGAAAUUCUAGAUACCAUCGUAGAAAAAAGGUCCCAACAAUGUAUCUCUAAUAAAACCACACCAAACAUUUGUUCCCCAGACACAAUGGUUUUUUGUUUCAAAAACCCAAUGGGGAUUUUGAUUGUACCAAUAAUGAUUAUUUUGUUUAUUUAUUAUACUGUUGUUGGAGAAUUUGGAUUUAUCUGUCCAUAAUAUGUAAUUUUAAAAUAAUAAGAUUGUAUUCUAAUUGAAUUACCAACCAAGAAAAAAACAUAAUCCUACGUUCAACGUCACCUUGGCAUAAGUGUUAAACUAAAUUAGGUCUGUAUGAAUGAAAUUUAUGUUUUUUUUUUUUUUUUAAAUUUUAUAAACAGCAUUAUGAGAAAUACUUAUUUCAAAGCCGACAUGACGCAUACUAACUCUGGGAUUUGCUCUUAUGUAUGCGAACACUUGAAGCUCAAUAUCUUCCCUUAAUUUAUUGACUCGUCUAGAUUAUUGGUUAACAAUAACUCUUGUAUUAGAAAAAGAAUGAGUAUUUCGUAAAUUCCUUUUUAACUUUUGAAAAUAACUAUGUGACGGAUGUUGCCUAUCUGAAUUUAGAAAAACAAAAAAUUAGUUUUAUUAUUUUGAUCAACAAAACCAGUCAUAAAAAACGAUAAAUAAAUGAAAUUUUGAACUAAAAAAAAUUAAAGGAGACAAACUUAAAAAAAUUAGUUUCUUUAGGGGAAAAGGAUACUUUCCAAAAGUAGGUACAAAAAAUAUCACUAAAAAAUAUCACGAGGUACAAAAAUGAAUAAUUUAAGCCAUAAAAUUGAUAAAUAUUUCAAAAAUGUUAAAAAAAAAUAUAUCAAACAUUGAAAUAUCCAUAUUUUUUAACAUAGGAAGUUAGUUUUACCAUUGAAAUUCAUAAAAAAUAAAAGUAAAAAAAGUUAACCAAAAAAAGGUGAGAUUGCCAUUUAAAAAAAAAAAAGUUGUUAUGCGCAUCCACGAAAUAAAAUAGUAUAAAAAUUGUUCAAUUAGUUUAAUAAGUUAUAACAAAGUUUGUUAAGCACCAAAAACAAACAGAAUUCAAAUAUAUUCAAUAUUUGUUAAGUUAUUGAGUGUUUCCAACAAACAAUUACAUAGUGUACAAACUGCCAUCCCAAAAAAAAAAGCAGUAAAUCGAAAAAAAAAAUACUGUAUUACGUUUAAUAUUAUAGUUAUACACAUGUUUCUAGUAUUCUUAUUUUUUUUUCUUAUUUACGGCGUUUUUUCUUAGGACGGCAAUAUAGCUAUUAUAUUUUUAAAAUUAAAGUUAUCAAUGUAAAUUUUUUUAACACCUUAAAAAAUUAGUUAAAUAGUUUCCUUUAAAAGGUCAAUGAAUUAAAUGAAAGGUAAUAUUACUUUAUAAUAAACACACUUACAAUUUUAGGAAGCAUAGGAUUUUGAUUUAUUUUUUGUUGAGAUCGGUUAAACUGCAUUGAUGCGAAAGUACUGAGUUCAUCUUUUACUGUGUUCUUGUGAAGAAUUAAAGAAGUUAACAUUGAUUCAAGUUCCCAUUGAACGUGGUCCAUUUCAUCAUCAGACAUUAUAUAGUCAGAUUUUCGAUCACGGCUCAAUACUAAAAUUAUGAAUUUAUUCAUGAUACACAUUAGUUGUUCAUUUUUAAAUUUAAAAAUAUAUAUGUAUUUAAUUUGUUAUACUUGAUGCAAGAGUAGAAUUUUCACCAAUGGCUGUUGGUUUAAGUCGAGGUAAUGAUAGUUCCCUUUCUUCGUUAUAUUCAGCAUUGCUUUGUCCUUGUAAUGAUGUUGAUUGUGAUGGUAACUGCUCAAAAGAUACAUUGCCAUCGUUAGAUGUACCUUCUGCAUCGGUAUCAUCUGCUGUCAAUGACGGCUGACGUGGUCUUGGUCCCCUUCUUUUCGAUAUACCUCUACCUCUACCUCGGCCUCUCAUCCCUCCACGUUUUUUUCUACAGUACAAAAUAAUAUAUUAAUACAAAAAAUUUAAUAUUUGACAUAAGAAUACAAUUUAUUAAAUUAUUUACAAAAUGGUAUAGAUACUUAAAUACAAUAAUACAGUGUAGUAACUGUUUAUAAUGGCACUAUUAAAAAUUUAUAAAUAUAACUAAUUGGGAAAACCACAAAUUUUGCUUGAUCAAUGAUUAAUCAUUUUAUCUGAUUAAAAGUAAAAGCGGUAAAACCAUAUUAGUUGAUACAAAAUAAAAACUGUCACUGUUUUUUGUUACAUUUUGCAUCGUUAUAAACGGUUUAUAUAUUAGACAUUUAUACAAUAAUGUUUGUUAUGCGUAUACUUACACCGCGAUUUUACAUAAAAUAUUAAGUCUUAAAUCGUGAUAUAUACCUAAAUGUUAUAGUGUAAUGUGUAAAAAUCUACCUUGGUGACAUUUUUGUAUUGGAACUGUUUGUUUCCGUUGAAUGAGGAACAGUCGACCACUUGAGGAGUUUAAAAAUUAACACACAAAUUCGAUUUUCGUAGUCUAAUUCAACGUUGAUUUAGAGUUUAAACUUUGAUUGAAGUUCUAGAGGGAAGUCUGUGUCGAGUGGUUAUCAUAGCUAAGAUAACAAAGAAUACUGUUAACACUGCAAGGUGAUUAUCAGUUUUUAUCGAUUGAUAUUUUUCCACCUUGAUACUUGGCAGUUAUCAUAUCAUCGUAUAGCCACGCUUAGACGCUUAUCAGCGUUACCGACUUUCGGUGUUCGGUUUGGCGUUUGACAACAUUCUUUAGCGCUCAGGCCGUAAGUAUUUACUUAUUAUGACUUAUAAUGACUCAGCUUACAACCAUGAUGUCACUGAAUCUGAGCGUUACGUUAUCGAUUAGCGGUAGAGGUAAUGUAGCAAACGCUCAAAGACUAUAAUAAUAAUAAUAGAUACACUGAAAUAAGUAAUAAGUUUGACCGUUUCAAAAAAAAAAACGAGUUUUCGUUCGGAAUGUGAAAUUGUUUCAAGUGUUGCCAAUGACACGGUCUGUUUCGGGUUUUACGGUAAUUUUGGGUAGUGUACGGUCCAAAAACGGACAGUUUGUUUUUUUAUACAUUUAAGAUAAUUCCAAUCAAUUUACCAUUUAACACCACCUUAAUAUCAACCAAUAUAUUUAUUUUUGUCCCGCGCGAAUUUUUGUUAUCAUCUUUGAGAUAUUAACCUCGACAACUAUAAUAUAGAUUUAUUUACUGACUUUGUAUCUGUCUAUAAGCGCGGUGUCGACUCGAGACUCCAUACAAAUCUGUUUCUUAUCACUUAUCAUGAUAACGAUUUUGUUUAAACAGUUUAAUGAGUUAAAACUUGAAAGUAGUGAUAGGCGAUUCAUUUAACAAUCGAUUUUUUUUAAACUUUGUAUAGUAUACAGUUGUCCCCAUCACGUUUUUCUAAUUUUAAACAAUUAAAUAUUGAUAUUCAAUUUUUUUGGAAUUUUAUUUUUUUUAUUCAGUUUGACUUCGAAGGAAUAACGAUUUAGAGAAAAAAUACAUUUCUAUUUUCAUUUCUUGAACACAAAAAAAUACAAUUACUUUAUUUACACACUUUAGAAAUUGUUUAAAAUAGCCAUUUUGUAAAAAAUGUUCAUGUUUGUCACUGAUAACAUGAUAAGUCGAUUUCGGGAAAAGAUGUCCAUACGGGCAUAAAAGUACUUUUAUUAUCGAUGCAUAUACUGCUCGAAAUAUCAUAAAAGUAGAAAAACAAAAAAAAGAAAGAAUUUACAUUCUGUAUAACUAACACGAAAAUAUAAAAAAAAUCCAUGUUAAGUAAAUCGGCCGAAUUGAACAAAAAAAAAAAAACAAUCGAUUCAACGAUAAAAUCGCCCUGAUCGAAUCGUUUUUAAAAUUGAUAAAUUGACCAUCAAAAAAUCGAUUCAAAUCGCUCAUCACUACUUAAAAGUGUUAUUUGGACCAAGGUUCUUAGUUCAUAUUAUGGGUACAAGUAUACACUAGUCAUACAAUAUCAAUGUAUUAUCAUAUACUAUAGUAUAUGAUCUAAGGGUGGAUUAAUCGACUUUGAUUUGGACAUUUGAUCAUUAUCACGGACGCAUACAAGCGGUCAUUAUUGUCUGAGGCUCGUUGCACAGGCCCAUAGACUUCUGACUUAUACAUUUAGACGGAACAUUCAGAAUGCAAACGCAUUUCAGUAGGUAGGUGAAGUUUCGUUUCGAGGACAGAAACACGCAAGGUAACAAACGGAAUGUUUAAAUUGGCCGUUCUCGGAAUACGAAUUUACUCUUUCUCACAUUAGACUUCAUAUCAGCUUAUGUCUCUUGAUCCGUUCUGACCGACCACGGGGUGAAUGUUCCAUCUAUGGAAUAGACUAUGGCUAAGUCUAUGGAUAAAAUGGACCAGGGUUUAUAGCACGGACUACGAUAUCCUAGUCCGUGAUUCCAUUGCACGGGUACCCUAUAUUGAUAUUGACGAUAUCUAGAUUAGGUAUUAUUAUGGAGACACAACGCUGCAGGUUAAACUCAACCAAUCAAUACGAAAUUGUAUAUACAAUAUUUUUGUUAUUGUAAUUAUAAUUACAAUAAAUAAAUCGUCUUUUUUUUUUUUUUCGGAUUUUUUUCCUACACUCAAUAGUGUCAUAACUUAUAAUAUUAAUUCAAUAAUAACCAUAACUAAUAUCAUGAGUAAUUUAAUUACAUUAAUAUAUUCUGAAUGUUUUCAACGAAUUAUGAGUAUUUUCCUUAUUUAUAGUGAAAAGUAUCGUAUUUAUACCACGCCUCCUAUUACUAUCAAUUCUGUAUUCCAUGCCAACCAUUAUUGUAGUUCAAAACGCGGUAAAGCCAUAGACAUAUUAUCUUAACAUAUUAUCUCAAUAUGUCUACGGGUAAAACGCACCGUUUUGAAUAGGCCAAUGAAAUUGGUUUAUUUUAUGUGUAAUGCAAAGACUGUUUAGAAUACUUGUCUGUGUCUACGGUACAAGUAGUAAGUACUUACUAGUAGUAGUACCGUACCAAAGUUUAUGGAUAACAUAAUCUAUUAUUAUGGUAAUACUAGAUUAUCUAUAUAGGCCUUGAUAUCGUACCACAAGUAUUAGUUGUAGCACGGUAGACACUCUUCAAGUAAGAGAAUCACUGGUCCACGGGCGACCAUAGUAUCUAUAGCCGUGAUAAGUGGUAUAACCGAACUGAUAAUGAUUCCGAAUUUGAAUACGAAUUUUAUUUUUGCGUAGCACCUACCCGAAAAUGACUAUAUCAAAGCUGUAGACACGUCCACAGCAUUUGGUUAAAGCUUAUAAAAAAAAAAAAAAAAAAUAAUACCUAUUAUACAAAAACUGAAUGAAUGACGCGUAUGGCUAUAAGCGUAUAAUAGAUACGUGUCCAAUGUCCGUAAAAAUUACAAUAUGAAAAAACAAGUAAGGUACGUCGUAUGCGUGAGCAAUAAUAACGAUAUAGCCGCGCAGCGUGCGCGGGUAUUGCGAUCGCGCUUAAUAUCAAUAAUCGUAAUUACGAUUCUCUGUAUACACAACGGCGGACCGUGGACGCCCGCAGUAGCGACGUGCAACGACGUAUGCCGACUACACCAGCCGAUGACGGCGGUCCGACCGCAAAGGCAGCUGCGCGAAUUUUUCCAAACUCGUUUCGAAUAGAGUAUAGUAUAUUAUAAUCAGUGUUCAUUAGUCAUUACCCGAUGUGAAUUCUAUAAGUAAUGUACUGUAACCCAACGCAGUUGGGUAACCAAUGUUGUACGUUGUUUACAAUAAUAUUUAUUUACGAUCCGGAACUGGAUUUAUACACGCGAGUUCCAUGCGCCGUUAUAGCCUCUACCGGUAAUGAUAACGAUUAACGAUAAGGAAUAACGUUUUUGUUAGUAAAUUUGUUUUCAUCCCGAAAUUUGUUUCUUUUCGACGUUAAUAUUUUUAAUUCGUCUAUUUUGUUUUUUUUUGUCCAUAAUAUAAGUACUUACGUGUAGUUUUUUAUGUACUGCCGUGGUGGAAAAAUUGACACCUUUAUUGUAGGUUUCCGCCGUGCUUGGAGUGGGGGUCAUAAUUACCUGAUAACCAAAAAAGAAUGGUGUUUAAAUUGUUUAAAUGUACACAAAAUACGAAUGUUAUUAAUUACCUUUACGUUUGUAAAUUGAUUACGUUACCUAGUCUGUUCGCUUAAAUGACGAAAUCUUGCGAAAACAUUUGAUACCUAACUGAAUUAUUUUGUACCAAUCAGACAAGUAAAUCUUUUGGGUAUUUUUUUUGAGGUAAGUACAUAAUAGAAACUUGAAAGCGUUUCCAAAUUAUUUAAUUUAUAACAGGUAAAUUUACUUUUAUUUAUAUAUAGGUAUCUAAAUUAAGUGUGUUACAUUUUAUUGAUCAGAUUCAAUCGAUAAUGGGCUAAUUGUUUUUUCAAACUUUUUCGAUUUGGUACCUACCUACUAUUUGAUAAAGAAUUUUAUUUUUUUUUUUUUCUUCAACAAAUUUUUAGUCGGUUUCCUAUAUUUGUGAUUUUAAUUAAACGCCACUAUAUGUAUAAAAAAAGGAUAUUAAUUAAUAACUAUUCACCAAUUAUAUUGUAAACGUAUCAGGAAUUAUUGUUUUAAUCAUUUUUAAUUUUUGUUUAGGUAAAUAAUUAUAGUAAAUUGUUUACCUGGAUAUCAGAAGAAUUAGAUUGUGAAAGAUUGCAUAUUAGUAUAGCUACUUAGUAAAACAUUGCAAACAAACCAACAUUACACAUUUGGACAAUAUUAAAUAUAUUAAUAUACAAUUUUUAGAAUAAGGUAAGCAUCUAGUUUAAUUAUAAUAUUCAAAAUUAAAUGUCAUUAGUAGCCUUAUUACUUCGCUAUGUUAAAAAAUUAUAUUCAAAUUUGCUAACCUUUUUCUUAAGUACUAAAAAGUCCUUUUAAUUAUUUAUGUUAAAAUAAAUUAUACACCUUAUGUGUUGAAUAUAUUCAAUUCGUAUCCAUCAUAAUCUAUUUAUUAUUAAUAAUUAACAUAAUAAUAAUAGAAACUAAAAUACGGUAUUUAUUCAGAAUAGGUAAAUACCCCGGUUGGUACUGUUUUGUGUUGUGUGGUAGCUAUUAAAAUAAAAUAGUUUAAAUUCAUAAUUUUUAUGAUACAAUUUAGUAUUAAAUUAUUUUUAUUAAUUAUCAAUGUUUGUUGUUCUUUUUAUAUGUAUACAACAAAUGUACUUUUAAUUGUCCAAUGUAUAUAUACUUUUAUGAGGGUGUAUACUAAUCAAAUGUUUCCAACAUCUGGAAUGUAUUACUGUUGUAUAGUAUAGUAUAGUAUAUUACUGUAUUAUAUUAUAUUAUUAUCAUACAUUAAUUUUCCUCGUAAUAUCUCCAUAGUUCAGUAUCAUUUUUUAUAUAAGUGGAAUAUAAGAGUAAUUUUCUUUUUUGAUUAGCCGAUCCUUUUAAAAUAUUCACUUCAAAAUACUAUAGUUGAUUUCAAACACAACUUUUACAAAUCUAGUGGUUUUACAUAUGGAAAUAUAAUAGUUAUAAUUUGUAUACUAGAGAUAUUAUUAAUUUUUUUUUUUUAGGAAUAAUCAUUGAUUACAUUUAAAACAGUAUUAUAAUGGUAAAAACAUCUUUAAAAUUUGAUGUGAUCGCAAAAUGCAGUACGUCGCAUGCCCGUACGUGUACAAUGGAGUUACCUCAUUAUACAGUGGAAACACCGGUUUUUAUGCCUGUUGGUACCAAAGGUUCGAUAAAGUCGCUUUUACCGGAACAACUAGAAGACAUUGAUUGUCAAAUUAUUUUAGGAAAUACAUAUCAUUUGGGAUUACGUCCCGGAAUAGAUUUAUUGAAAAAAGCAAAUGGACUUCAUAAUUUUAUGGGUUGGAAUCGAGCUCUACUUACUGACUCUGGAGGUUUUCAAAUGGUCUCGUUAUUAAAUAUGGCUGAAAUCAGUGAACAAGGUGUUAAUUUUGAAUCACCCUAUGAUGGUUCAAGAUCUCUGUUGACUCCUGAAAAGUCCAUUGAAAUACAAAACGUUAUCGGUGCUGACAUAAUAAUGCAAUUGGACGAUGUUGUGCCGACUACUUCGAAAAACAAUGAACGAAUGGAAGAAGCUACAUAUAGAACAACACGCUGGUUGGACCGCUGCAUAAGUGCUCACAAAAAUACUGAAAAACAAAAUAUAUUUCCAAUAGUACAAGGAGGUCUGAAAGAUGAUUUAAGAAAAUUAAGUGCCAAUUUAAAUUUAGAAAGAAAAGCAAAUGGUUAUGCUAUUGGUGGUCUCAGUGGUGGGGAAGCAAAAGAAGAUUUUUGGAGAAUGGUUCUUUUGUCCACUCAAAUGUUACCCUUUGAUAAACCUAAAUAUGUAAUGGGUGUGGGGUUUGCAGUAGAUUUGGUAAUUUGUUGUGCUUUAGGAGCAGAUAUGUUUGAUUGUGUAUUCCCUACUAGAACGGCCCGGUUUGGUUUUGCAUUAACUUCAUAUGGAACACUUAGUUUAAAACAUGCGAAAUAUAAAAUGGAUUUUGAACCACUUGAAAAAAAUUGUAUCUGUUCAACGUGCAAGACUUAUACCAGAGCCUAUAUACAUCACAUUGUUUCUACAGAGGUGGUCUCUAGUACUUUAUUGUCUGUGCAUAAUCUCAAUUACCAAAUGCAAUUGAUGAAAGGUAUUCGAGAUAGUAUUAAAAAAAAUAUAUUUCCAGAAUUUGUACAGGAUUUUAUGAUUAAAUUGUAUCCAAACAAGAACUAUCCACCUUGGUGCAUUGAAGCACUUGAAUCCGUACAUAUAAAACUCAAAUAAGAAGAAUAGUUUUUGUUAUAUAGUGUAUACACUAUACAUAUUAUUUUGUUAUUAUACUAUUGCAUACUAUUACAAUACAAUACUUAGUUCCCCCCAAUUAAAUUAAAUGAUUAAACUACCACGUGUGUAAUUAUAAUUAUAAUCUUUUAUUUUUAAUUUAUUAGUAUUGACUUUACCUAAUUCAUUAUUUAUUAUUUAUAAUUUAUUAAUAAUGUUAUAAACGAAAAUGUAUU